GCACUGGCAGGAGCAGGCGCGGAAGCCCGAGCUGGAGCACUCCUCUGUGUGGGGCGCAAGGUAGGGAUGGAGGCUGGUGAUGAGAGCGUCAUCCAUGGAAUCAACAACACCACCCGGUGCCUGACUCCGCUCGGUGGCGACGAAGGGGCUGAGGCCCAUGUGUGGGCGGUGGGCACCUGCUCGCCGGCAACUGCGGCAAAUGCGGUCCAUCUCGUCCACUACGUGCCAGAGAACGGGACUACAGGGGUAGAGACGGCUUAUACCGUGCCGGAUGGCGCAGAGGUCUGGCGCCUCGCCUCGCAUCCGGGUCAUGCCCACUUGCUGGCAGCUGUGGUGCGUGAUGCCGGCGAGCCUGGUGCGACGGGACGCGGCCUUGUGUACUCCAUGUCGGAUCUUCCGGCCUUUGGAGCCGGUGAUGGUGAUGGUGAUGCUGCGCUGCAGCUGCCCUCGCCCACCUCGCCCUCGGCGCUUCCGCAGCUCGAGCAGACCGGGAGCCUUCCGGGUGGGCCUGGGACAGAGCUCGGUCCCGUUGUCGACGUCCUGAUCUCUGCCCUCGAUGUGACCGACUCGUCUGCGGCGGUGGUGUGUCGGCGCGGCGUAGCGCUGGCGACUCUUGAUCGCGACGGGCUUGCGGCGGCGGUGGCACGCUAUGUGCUGCCGUCUGAUGGCAACGGUGCGACGUGUGGUGCGCGGUCACCGCACGCUAGCGACGAGGUCGCAGUGGCGAUUGGCUCGCGGAUUGUGGGCUACGACGUGCGGGCGCAAAGCGAGGCGUUUGUGCUUGAGGGUGCAGCGGCGCAGGGCGGGGCGGGCAUCUUUUCGCUCGACUUUAACCCGAACAAGUUGUACUGCCUGGCAAGCGGGCACUCGGACGGGAGUGUGGCGUUCUGGGAUGUGCGCAAGGGCGGCGAGCCCGUGGUUCGAAUGCAUGAGCACGCACACUGGGUGUGGGGCCUUGCGUACAACCACUCGUACGAUCAGUUUGUGCUCUCGGGCUCAAGCGACACCCUCGUCAAGCUGUAUUCGGUCUGGUCAGCGUCGUCGGCGUGGGAAGCGUCCGAGGCUGGGCGCGCCGGGCACCCCGUCGAUCACGUGGCAAAGACCUACGAAGAGCACGAUGACUCGGUGUAUGGCCUGGCCUGGUCGCGCGGUGAUGCCUGGACCUUUGCCUCUGUCUCUGGCGACGGGCGGGUGGCCAUCCACGCCGUCCCACAGGAGGCCAAGAUGCAGGCGUUGAUGACCUGAAUGUGGCACAAUGAACAAGUAGCACGAGGA